AUGCGAAGUCAAAAAGAAGUGGGAAGAAUAAGUUUCCUCUUCCAUCCUUACCACACUCCAAAUCGCGCAGACUUGAGACUCCAGCCUUCCGCUCCGAUCGCAGCCGCGAGUCCACAUGCACCAGAAACAACACGCGACGCCGACAAACACCCUGUAGCACCGAGAACCGUCACUAAAGUAAACCACGACGGCGCACUCCGAGAUCCACAGUCUAUACCUUCUACCACAGAACCAACACGAUCACAAACCCCUCCAUCUAGAUCCAAUGUAACAACAACCCGCAACCCACCAACGAUUCUGGGUUUCAGGUACAAUACUUUCACCUUUCGAUGGCUUGUUUGUUUAAUUUGA